AUGGAUACUUCUCACUGCCAAUGCGAUCACCUCUGUGUUGCCCUUUUGACUGUCUGUUGCGAACUAUGUACGGGAGGAUGCCUCGAUUUUGCGUCUCUUCGCCAUGAUUUCAUGGAGAAUCUUUGCACAUGUACUAGUCCUUCUAUGCGCGAGAGCGCGGACUCUGUGGAUGAGAGGGAACCCUUACUGUCAUCGGACCGUCAGCCUUCGCCUCACCCUCCGAUGCGUACAAGUGGGGACCAGUAG